AUGGCAAACAGCGUCACUACCAGCGACAAUGGAAUCUACGAAUACAAGCCUAAUCAAAGCGCGACUAUCGUAAUGGCUGCUCUUUUUGGAGUCAGUGCUGUCUAUCAUCUCAUAGUGAUGAUAAAAAAAAAGACAUGGUUCUAUAGUUCAUUGGUAGCUGGUGCUAUAAUGAUGACUGUUGGAUACAUUGCCCGCUUCAUUUCCGCAAAAUCACCCCUCGAGCUUGGGCCUUAUAUCAUACAAUCGCUCUUUAUCAUCCUUCCACCUUCUCUAUAUGCCGCAACCAUCUAUAUGAUCUAUGGUCGUAUAGUAAAUUUUGUCCACUCACCCGACGCAAGCAUGAUUCCGCCUAAUCAUGUUACGAAAAUAUUUGUUUGCGGAGAUAUUAUCUCGUUCUUCAUGCAAGCUGGUGGCGGAGGCAUGAUGGCUCAGCCCGAUAUGGCCAAUCUGGGACAGAAAAUUAUGCUUGUUGGGCUGUUUACUCAACUCCUCUUUUUCAGUUUCUUCUUGACUAUUUCCCUGGUAUUUUGGAAGCGGAUGCAGUACUCUGCUAAGCUAUACACUACACCCGAAUAUGGAAAGCACACCUGGAAGUCUCUGAUAAAGCUCUUAUUCGGAGCUGCCGUCAUCAUUAUUUUGAGAUGCGUCUACCGCAUUGUGGAAUUUGCUCAGGGAAACAACGGUUAUCUUGCAAGUCAUGAAGUUUACAUGUACAUUUUUGACGCUGUACCGAUGUGCAUUGUGCAGUUAAUGUUUCAUUUUGUUCAUGCGGGCGAUGUCUUCCCUUCAGGUUUCGGCAAACCAAUGCAACAGGAUAAUGGGAGUUGGAUAAACCUCAACGAAAGACUAUGA